AUGGCGAACAACAGUCUCAACAACUCUGCUCUCUGGUUUCGCCAAUUUGGCGAACCGCUCCAGGCGCUGACUUUCGAAACAGCCGAGUUAAACAGACGCCCAAUGUCAAAAUUACGGGUUCGCAUGUCAGCUGCGCCCAUCAACCCAUCUGAUCUGAUCCCAAUAACAGGAUCUUAUCGCCAUAGUGUGACUCCGCCACGAGUUGCCGGCUAUGAGGGGGUGGGAACAGUGAUUGAGGCAGAUGAAGAGGCCGCAGAACUUAUUGGGCGUCGGGUACUCCCUUUGCGUGGCCCUGGGACCUGGCAAACCUAUGUCGAUUGCGAUCCCAGUUGGGCGGUUCCAGUCCCAGAUGAUAUAGAUGACGCACUGGCUGCGCGGAGCUAUAUCAACCCCCUUUCAGCAUAUCUGAUGUUGAAGAGAUGGCCAGUCAAAGGGAAACGGGUCCUUCUGACAGGAGCAGGUUCGGCUUGUGCUGGUCUUCUUGCUCAAUGGGCAUAUGAUGCGGGAGCAACUGAACUUGUGGGCGUAUACCGUUCGCCUGAACGUGUUGCCUCUUUGACCCGGCUCGGGGUAAAGCCGAUUAGCAUAAGAUCAGUCGCAGAGGGUCACGCAGUGGAAGAAGCAGACGUUGUUUUCGAUGCGGUCGGCGGCGUGAUAGGAACAUCUAUACUGGCCGGGAUGAGCCCAGAAGGAGAUUUUAUAUCCUACGGGCUUCUGUCAGGAGAGCCAUUGCAAGCCACAGCCAACGGUGUUCAAGCACGACGCUUUCAUCUGCGGGAUUGCCUAGAAACCACUACACCGGCCGAAUGGCAACAGUGGUUCUGCGAGUUGUGGCCUCUUCUUAGACGAGCGGAACUCCCAGACACCACCUCUUUCCCUCUUGAAGCAUGGCGGGAGGCUCUAUCGCUCUUUAGUGUGCCAGGCCGGUUGUCGAAGCCGGUCCUCACGAUGGGAUAA